AAUCGUUUUUGCCAUGUUACGCCCACUACUCAACCUAGACUUGCACCCACUGGACAUGUCAGCUGUCAACCUUUCGUCUGGCUAGUCUUGAGGGACUCCGUCCGACAUUGCUGCCAUUCCUGUUGCGAAUGGCAGUCGUGCCAGCGCAGAGGUGAAGCAGUCUUCACAGUCACAUGAUUAGGCUACAUCAGGACUAGAACUAUUUGCCGGGUGGAGCGAAGCUAAAGUCGCUUGCCAAAGAGCCACUCAACAUUGCAACUCGGCUGGGCUGUUUUGGCAGUGUAGUGGGCAAUCUUACUGCGAUAGCCCAUCCACCAGGUUCAACCGGGAGGUUCAGAAACAAGACAGAGGAAGAAAUCACUUUCCCCUAUUGUUUUUUUUUUCAAAGUCAGUCAUCAUCCGGAUUAAAACCGUUUUUAUCAAGAAGUCGUCAAAGCGUGGCUCAGGAUGUCUGGAGGCAUUUUCCCUGCCAGCGAUGAGAGACUGUGGGAGCCGGAGUAUGUGAGCUGCCAUCCCCUGGUGUGUCUGCUGUGCCAUGGGCAGUACCAGCAGCCCUGUCUCCUCGACUGCUACCACAUCUUCUGCGCCAGCUGCUUGCGUGGCAGAGCCCGCGACAACCGCCUCAGCUGCCCCCUCUGUGGCUAUCCCACAGUGUUGAAGGGGGUGAAUGCUCUUCCUCCUGAGGACCGUCUGCUGAAGUUCCUGGUAGACAGCUCCUCCGACAGCCUGGAGACUGUGCAGUGUGCCAACUGUGACAUGGAGAGCAGGAUACAGGAUGCUGGUGCCAUGUUCUACUGCAACACCUGCAGUCAGCCCCUGUGUGCCGAGUGCAAGGAGAGCACCCACAAGGCCAAGAUGUUCUCCCAGCACGAGAUCGUCUCCCUGGCCAAGCGCGCCAAGCAAGGCCACCGCAAGUGCAGUCUCCAUGAUGAACAUUACAUCAUGUUCUCCACCGAGAAGAAGUCCAUGCUGUGCAUCAACUGCUUCAGAGAUAUGCAAGUGGAGAGCCGGACCCACUGCAUUGACAUUGAGACGGCCUACGCCCAAGGCUGCGAGAUACUGGACCAGGCUGUGAUGGCCGUGAAGGAGCUGCAGACGUCAGCGCGAGAGUCCAUCGUGCUGCUGAAGGCCAUGAUAGGGGAGGUGCGCAGCAACGUGGAGGAGGAGGAGAGCGCCAUCUGCUGCCUCUUCAAGAACAUGCAGGAGAAGCUGGCAGAAAGAAAGGAGAUCCUACUGCGAGCCGCCCACAGCCAACAUGAGGAGAAGGACAGAGCGAUGAAGGAGCAACUCUCCCACCUGGCUGCAUUCCUCCCCACACUUCAGGUUCAUUUGGUUGCCUGCUCAGCUUUCCUCAGCUCGGCCAACAAGUUUGAGUUCCUGGAUAUGGGAUACCAGCUGAUGGAGCGUCUGCGUAGGAUAGUGAAGCUGCCGCACAAGCUGAGGCCAUCGCAGAGCAGCAAGAUCAACACUGACUUCCAUGCUGAGUUUGCGCGCUGCCUGGAGGCCCUGCUGCCCCUGGGCCACCGCCGGCCCCCAUCCAUCACCGCCGCCGCCAACAUCAGCGCCUGGCUCCAGUCCCCCAUGUCCAUGUCGUGCGGCUCCCCAUCCCUCAGCGACAUGCCUCUGGGCACCUCCGGGGGGCGCCGUCCCACCUUGCACCGCUACAUCAGCACCAAGGUCCUGUUGGCCGAGGGCGGAGACACGCCUUUUGCCGAGCACUGCCGCAACUACGAGAACAGUUACAGGUGCCUGCAGACAGACAUCCAGAAGCUGAAGGACCAGGUGCAGGCCAUGCACCGCGACCUGACCAAGCACCACUCCCUCAUCAACACCGACAACAUCGAGCAGAUCCUGAAGCGCUCGCUCCACAUAGACGGAGAGAUCACCUCCCAGUACUCCUCAGUCCAGACCAACAGAGCACUGUUUGAAGAGAUAUGGGAGGAGACCUUUCAGCGAGUCACGAACGAACAGGAGAUUUACGAAGCCCAACUGCACGACCUGAUGCAACUGAAACAGGAGAACACCUAUCUGACCACCAUCGCCCGGCAGAUCGGCCCCUACAUUCUGUCCAUCGCCAAGGUCAAGGAACGGCUGGAGCCCAGGUACCAGGAAGCCAAAGACCUUGAGGAUGAUCGAACGGAGACAAUGCUGAAGAUUUAUGAGGAUGGCACAGGCGGCUCAGAGUCACAGAGACACAGUGACAUUGACAGCCAGCAAAGUGACUACAAAUGGGAGAAAAACAGCGAAACGUGCCCCCUCAUCCUGGCGCCGGAGAAAUCUACAAGCGGUGAUUACAACUGGCCGAGCAAACCGAGGAGCCAGGAGACCACAAAUCAGAUGGAAAUCCAACUUUAGAAUACUAUAGGAAGUGGGAUCGAAGGACAGCCUAUAUGUAGCCAGAAGACACAGUCUGUGUGCGCUAGACCAUUAACCUCAUAAUGCACAUCGUCCCAUACAGCGGAACGCUGUAACAGCCUCUGACAAGACUUGACUGCCAUUGUGCUACACUUCGUUGACAUUACACAGUUUCUUCAGCAAUAAAUUCCGAAUUGGUCAUUGCUAUUCGGGUAACAGCAGGGGGUCAUGCUUUCACAGAUAAAGGCUGUACAUGAAUGGGGAUGAUAAGCCAUGUUGGGGUUUGACAAAUUUGAAAACUGUUGGAAGCUGUACUGCACUUCUGCCUGGUUGAACAAUGUAGCAAAUUCAUACAUGGAAAACAUUAAAAACAACAUCACCCAUGCCAUGGGUGUGUCUUCAGAUAAUGAAAAAGGAGGCACACACAAGGCUUGUGUGGAAAAAUGUAUAUCGUAGCCGAAAAUGUACAACAGAAGUCAGAGGUUUAACUGGAGCAACAGACGUUUCGGACCUAGUCCAUUCUCAAUGUCUCCAGUGUCUUCGGAUGCAACAGAAUCUUGUGUUGUUGUAGAAUAAUAGCUCAAAAGCUCUCUUGCAGACAUGGAUGGGAAUCCAUACUACUUCUAUCUCUGGACAGGGCUGCAUCUGUCUAUUGUACGAUGUGGGCUGCACACACCACAGGGAAACCCAUUGCACUGGAGUUCACAGAUGCCCCGUGAGUGGAUCUAAAAAAUGAUCUUUGGGUGAGGGGCUUUGGGUGGAUAACUGAUGGUCAUUGAUUGUGGCUGUGGCUCUGAAUCAUGAAUAAGCCGUGUCUGGUUAUGAUGAUGAAGCGGUUGCCUUUCUGGUUGGAGGUCCGCUUGUGGGGAGGAGAUGGAGCUCAAUGAUGAAGUCCUGUCCUGUGUGGACCUCUAGGGGGAGGCCUUGAACAAGAACCUGGCAACGAAAAGAAGCUCUGGCUCCUCUACUCUCUCUGACUCUUAAAGAGGAUGUGUGAUUGUGUGUGAUGUGAGAACAUUGUUACAUUUGUAAGGGACAAAAAACAAAUGAGAGGUGUGUUUAAGUGUGUAAAUGUAAAAUGAAAUAUUUAUUUCAUAUUUCUACAAUUUACACAGCAUUACUUGUUGAAUUGUGUUGAACUGAAAUUACUCUUACUGUAUUCUCAUGAAACCUCUUGUAAUUGUAAUUUAUUCUCUCUUUUAUGCAUACUUUUUGAGAGAUACUUUAAAAUAAAAUAUAAUAAAAAUGACUUU